CGGCCAAGCGAGGGGAUCGGGCGGAGGAGGGUUCAGCCAGAGGCGGCCCAGCGCGCCGGCUUCGCGGCCUCCCGCCUUGACCUUGCCGCGUCUUGGCCAGCCCAGACACGAGUCACCUGCCGCGCCGCACCGCCGGGACUAAUUGGAGACGGACGGCCGAAGCAGGCAGCUGCGCAUCGCAUCGCCGGCUGGGCGUCGCCAGAUGCAGAGAUCCCAGCUGAGUCUCAUCCUAAUCGGGCAAAGGCGCGGGAGCCGCGGGAAGCGCACCAUGCCCGGGACGCGACUGCUCCUCCGCCUGGCUCUCCUCUGCGGCUACACGCAGCUCCUGGCCGAAGCCAGCUCUUGGUGGUCAUUGGCUAUGAAUCCAAUCCAGAGACCCGAGAUGUACAUCAUUGGAGCCCAACCAGUGUGUAGCCAACUACCAGGGCUGUCCCCAGGCCAGAGAAAGUUGUGCCAACUGUACCAGGAGCACAUGAUGUACAUUGGUGAGGGGGCUAAGAACGCCAUCAAAGAGUGCCAAUUCCAAUUCAGGCAGAGGCGAUGGAACUGCAGCACAGUGGACAACACAUCUGUCUUUGGCAGAGUUAUGAGCAUUGGUAGCCGAGAAACUGCCUUUGCAUACGCUGUCAGCGCUGCAGGAGUUGUGAAUGCCAUCAGCCGCGCCUGCCGCGAAGGAGAGCUCUCCACUUGUGGUUGCAGCCGGACACCGCGACCCAAGGACCUGCCCCGGGACUGGCUUUGGGGUGGGUGUGGGGACAAUGUGGAAUAUGGCUACCGGUUUGCCAAAGAGUUUGUGGAUGCCAGAGAAAGGGAGAGGAACUAUGCCAAGGGAUCAGAAGAGCAGGCCCGAAUACUCAUGAACCUACAGAACAACGAGGCAGGGCGCAGGGCGGUGUACAAGCUGGCUGAUGUGGCUUGCAAGUGUCAUGGAGUCUCAGGGUCCUGCAGCCUGAAGACAUGCUGGCUACAGCUGGCCGACUUCCGCAAAGUGGGAGACUUGCUGAAGGAGAAAUACGACAGCGCUGCCGCCAUGAGAAUUGGUCGUAAAGGCAAGCUCGAGCUAGUGAACAACCGCUUCAAUUCACCCACCCCUGAGGACCUGGUCUACAUUGACUCCAGUCCAGACUAUUGCCUGCGUAAUGAGACCACUGGCUCCCUGGGCACACAAGGGCGGUUGUGCAAUAAGACUUCGGAAGGCAUGGAUGGAUGUGAGCUGAUGUGUUGCGGCCGGGGCUAUGACCAGUUCAAGAGUGUGCAAGUAGAGCGUUGCCACUGCAAGUUUCACUGGUGCUGUUACGUCAAGUGUAAAAAGUGCACAGAGAUUGUCGACCAGUAUGUCUGUAAAUGAAAGGCCAUCGAGACCUACAAAUCUAUAUGAUAAUAAAUCUAUAUAAAUCUAUUUUAAAUAUAUUUGUAUAAAUAAAUAGAAGAUGUUGAUGUUGUUGAUGAUGACAUAAUAAUUAUAAUUAAAGAAGCUUAUUUAAGAGACUGAAAUGCUUCCACUAAAACAACUGAUGGGUCAGGAUGCUCCUUUUUAAAUUAUUUAGUCAUGGAGCAAGGAAAAAGAAAAAAAGACCAGGGAUGGGAUUUCUGUACUUGUUCCCUGCAACUCUUGAAACAACUCAGCCAGAAUAAAUGAGAAACUUGAGGUAUGAGGCUGGCUCCAGAUGUUUUGCCACCGAAAAGGUGAGAACAGUGAUAGUGGUAAUGGCAGACAUGUUUCUUCUGCUACCUGAUGGCUGAAAUUCAAAGAAGUUACAUGUGUCAUGAGGGCACAGCCAAAGAAAGCGCUUUGGAAGCUCAGAUGGAUUUCCAAAAGGACAUGAAACAGUUCUCUUUACUUAACAACACACCAGACUCCAAAAAAAUAAAUAAAUGUCAAUUGUAAUACAGAAAGACCAAUUUCCAAGACAGAAUCCAUGCAAGACUGUCACAUAAGAGCCUGGAUUCUUCAUCAAAGGUUUGAAACAAAACCUCCUUAUCCUUUGACCUAAAAUGUGCUGCUGCAUCCUUGUUUCAUUAAAAAAAAAUUGCAUCUGUUUCUUCUACCUUUUGUGCAAUCGGGCAGGUGGAAAAGAGGUUUGAAAAAAGCAUUCUCUAAAGCUCUGUAAAAAAGCCAUGCAGUUGAAGUGGGAUGAUUUUCUUCAGUUGGUUGAUCUGGUUUUUGCUUGUAGAAAAAAAGAUCUGUCAGGGUGCCUCUUGUGGAUGGAGAAGAGACUGUGUUCUGCCUAAGUGCCUUUGAACUUAAAAAAAGACAGAUAUACCAUUCCACAAGCACGCGGAGCUCUACAUGGAUGUGAAUUUGAAUAGCCAUGGGGGGCAGGGGGGGAUUCUUCCCCCCCCCCGUAUCCAAGAUGUACAGUUACUUUUUAAUAUUAAAUAUCCCUUGUUCUUGCCCUCUCCCUUGUUUUUGUGAGUAUAUUUAUUAUCUGUUGCUGCUCAUGCAUUUCAUACCAUAGGGCUUUCUGCCAGUCUAAACUUCUUCCUGAUUUAAAACGUUAUAAUUUUCAACCUGAUUCUCAUGUUCUGUUUUGAGAUGGUAAUAAAAUCACUUGAAAUUGUUUUUUAAAACUUAAAGUUUCCUU